AUGAGUUCAUCAAAUUCCCCCCGUUGUUACGACGACAGUGACAGUGAUAUGAGUACCCGGGAUAGCAGCAGCUCGUCUCGAAGUACCGUGCCCAGUUCAGUGCCGUCAUUACACUACUCAUCAGCAGAAUCAAAGUUUGGUUCUCCUUCAGAGUCCUACGACAACCACCCCGACUACUCCCAUUCAAAUCCUCGCGAGACUGUGGAUACUUACUGCAGUACCGUUGCGUCUUUUGACGACUUUGUGGAGGAGGAUUACCCCUACUAUGAGAAUGGACACCAUACUUAUAAUGCUCCAAAAGAGCCCAUCCAGACUCAAGCGAUCCCGGCGAUUCCUUCAGAGUUUGCAGAGCUCUUCCCCUCGACCAGACGUCUCAACAUCCAGCAUGACGACUCAACGAUUGAUGGCAACAUGAAUCUAAGGGUCGACACAAACGUUGCUUCGUCAGGUGAGGCGCCAAAGAACCUAACACUUUUCCACCUACGAAUGUACGACUUGAAGGCCCGCGACUUUUCACUGAGACGCUAUGGCCGGGAUUGCGGACGUGAGGUUGCUCACAUCAAGCGAAAAGUCGUCAAGCCCGCCCCAGUGCGACCAAAACUCCAACGCUCGCUGAGUAGGGCUUUUGAGAGCUUCCGUGGGAAGGGGGAGGCGGAGCAAUUCAAGUUGAACAGGCAGGAUAGUGGGUACUCGUCAUCAUUGGACGAGGAGGAGGAUGAUCAUCAAGCGAAGGAGUCAUCGUCGAGUACAGCCGGAGCCCACCCAACUCAGGCUUCGAGUGUCUCGAAUGUCUGCACAUUGGAAUUUUCCAAUUACGCUCAUGUAGAUCUCACAAGGAGAGGAGGCAAGGCAUCAAAGAAGUACGAUUUCGAGUAUUGGGGAAAGAGUUAUUCGUGGAAAAGGGUUAUUAUCAGGUCGAUCGGCGGUGGCGAGGAGGUCCAUUAUCACCUUGUCAACAACGGAACCAAUAACGUUGUCGCCUACAUCGUACCUGACCAUUUGUCACCUGCUCGCGCUAAAGCGGAGGAGGCGAAGGGUGGAUUUGUCCCCCCUUCAUCAUUCAUCUUCAGGGACUCAGUUCAGGAUCCCGUGAUCGGCUGUUUAGCGGAUGUUGCUGACGUCAUUGUUGCAACUGGUCUAACUGCUCUUGUGGAUGAUUGCAUCAAGCGAAAAUUUCACAAGAAAAAGACGGUUCAUAUGGUUCUCCCCAUACCCAUGGUCAGCAGUCCGCUGAAAAUGAAGAUGGAAUAUGUUGGCCCUAGACGACUCAUCGAUGAAUCGAAGUCCGAUGCCAGCAAGGACAAGGACCGCCUAAACUAUAUCCGGCGUCCCUCCGAUGAUAUCGAGAGGGAUGCCUAA